AUGGAGGCUCCAGACGUUCGCCGCCUGCAGUCGUAUGACGACCGUGCGCUGGAAGAGGCGCCCAGGGAGAUGUCCUCGGCCAAUGGCGUUGAGCCAUCUUUGUCGAAACCAAAAGAUGAGAAGAAGAUCGAGGAGGAUACUAGCCCAGCAACGAAAGGCUCAAUGCCAGGCUGGCGUUGGGCUCUGGUGGCCAUCGCGAUCAACACCGGAAGCUUCUUGUAUGGCCUAGAUAAUACUAUUGUCGCUGAUAUCCAGGCUGCUGUCGUCGAGAAUUUUGGGGCGGUCGAGAGGCUCAGUUGGCUGGGCAGCGGCUUUCCUCUUGGUUCCAUCGCUUUGCUAUUACCCAUCGGGAAAGCGUACGGAUUGUGGAACGUUAAAUGGCUCUGGGUGGUGAGCAUCGUCAUCUUCCAAGUCGGUAGCGCAGUCUGCGGAGCGGCUCCAAAUAUGAAUGCUCUCAUAGUCGGACGUGUGAUCGCAGGUGCUGGUGGUGCUGGAAUGUACCUGGGCGGACUCAAUCUUACCGCCAUAUUUACGACACUCGAACAACGGCCUCUCUACAUGGCGCUAAACGGGAUGGUCUGGGGAGUUGGUCAGCUUCGGACCAUCCUCGGACCUGUCAUUGGCGGUGCAUUUGUUCAGAGCUCUGCCACCUGGCGCUGGGCUUUUUACAUCAAUCUCGUCAUUGGUGCUGUCUUCGCCCCCGUCUACCUCUUCCUGGUCCCAGGUUUCCAGCCAGAUCCGUCUCGGACAUAUUUCCAGAAACUGGUCGCCAUGGAUUGGCUGGGGACAGUGCUCUACACAGCCAUCUACGCAACAUGGAUCAUCGCACUCACCUUUGGUGGUGUCAUCUGGCCUUGGGGCGACGGACGAACCAUUGCAGUCUUCGUCGUCUUCGGAGUAACCCUCAUUGCCUUCAGCUUGACACAGUACUUCUGCAUUUUCACCAACGAGGAGAUGCGGAUCUUCCCCGGCGAGCUGCUGAAGCGCCGAACCACGGUAUUACUGCAUAUCCUGACCGCGUCCUGCGGGGCGGCCUUGUUCGUUCCGCUAUAUUAUAUUCCCCUCUUCUUCCAGUUCCGGGGAGAUGACGCCAUGGAGGCUGCCGUUCGACUAUUGCCCUUCGUUUGUCUCCUCGUCUUCUUCAUGCUCCUCAACGGGGCAUUGAUGCCCAAGCUGGGGUAUUACAUGCCUUGGUUCCUAUUCAGUGGAGUCACCAUCAUUAUCGGUGGUGCACUGAUGUCGACAGUGAAGUCGACGACCUCCACCUCGGCUAUUUACGGGUAUACCAUUCUGAUUGCGAUUGGAGCUGGGGCUACGUCUCAGGCUGGAUACUCGAUCGCUCCGGCCAAAGUCGAAGGUCGUCUCGUCCCCAGCGCCAUUGCCUUUAUGAACAUCGCCCAGAUUGGUGCCAUCGUUAUUGCGCUGACUAUCUCCGGAACGCUCUUUCAGAAUUUGACCUAUAAUGACUUGGUCGGGCCCCUGAGUGCGGCCGGAUUCAAUUCCCAGUCAAUUCGCUCUGUCCUCUCGGGCUCACAAAGUCCCGUUUACCAGAACUUGUCCGACGACCUUAAGGAAUUAGUGAAUCUGGCGAUUGUUCGUUCCAUCGGUUCGUUGUACUAUUUGGUUGUGGCAGCCGGUGCGACCAUGAUCGUUUGCUCAGUUUUCCUGAAGCGCGAGAAGAUUUACAUGACUCUGGAAGCCGGAGGAUAA